AUGAAAUCAAUAGACAUCAGCUGCAACAAGGACGUGAAAGAGCAGUUUUACUGGGACUUGACCAUGCUGCUGCUGAUGGUGGGCAACCUCAUCAUCAUCCCUGUGGGCAUCACGUUCUUCAAAGACGAGCACACGCCACCCUGGAUCGUGUUCAACGUGGUUUCCGACACCUUCUUCCUCAUGGACCUGGUCCUCAACUUCCGGACGGGCAUCGUCAAGGAGGACAACACAGAGAUCAUUCUAGAUCCGCAAAAGAUCAAAAUCAAGUACUUGCGGAGUUGGUUUGUGGUGGACUUCAUCUCCUCCAUUCCUGUGGACUAUAUCUUCCUCAUCGUGGAGACGCGCAUCGAUUCUGAUUUCUACAAGACGGCGCGCGCCUUGCGGAUUGUCCGAUUCACAAAGAUCCUCAGCUUGCUGCGGCUCCUGCGACUCUCCAGACUCAUUCGCUACAUCCACCAAUGGGAAGAGAUGGGCGACACGGGGAGAUGUCGUGAAAAUAGUUCUCCCAGCAUGAGCGCGUGA